UUAUUUGAUAUCCUAAUUGAAGAAAAAUUGGAAAUAUAUUUUAAUUAUGUGCGAAAACGAACUGUCUUUGUUGAAAAACGAAAUGAAACCUCAGCGUCCGAAAAGUUUAAAUCUAUCACCAGUCGGACAAACAUGCUCAGACGAUGAAGAAAUUGAUGUUGUUGAUGGGUCUGAUUCUGAAGAUGACACUGCAGACUCUCCUGGUUUUGAAUACGGGCCUGACGGUGUUUCAUCUCCAAAAAAACAGAGAAGAAAUAGAACCACAUUCACAGCUGACCAACUCCGAGAACUUGAAGCCAUCUUCCAACAUACCCACUACCCAGAUUGUACGCUUAGAGAGCAGAUAGCUGAUAAAGUUGACCUAACAGAAGCCAGAGUUCAGGUGUGGUUUCAAAACAGAAGAGCAAAAUGGAGAAAACAGGAAAAGAACAUAGUACGCAUGUUCGACGUCUGGCGUCAUAGACUUGAUCAUUACCCAAUGGUUCCUCAUCCUUUUGGUCUUGGACCAUCAGCUUUUUCAACGGUGCGAUCUACAAUGUUCCCAUGGGCACCCCGACUUCCGAUGGCCUUUCCUCCAGUCCUUCCAUUUGCAGGAAUGAUCAACCCAUACAAAGCUGUUGAUAUUCCACCUCUGCCACCAAAGUUAGGAACUGACCAGUCUCCAAUGAGUCAUUAUGGUACCUAUGCCAGAGACUAUUUGCAACGAAUUACAAGAGAGGCAAAUGAAAAAUAUGAAAAAGAAUUAGCAGGUCGUCGAAAUAACUCACCUUUACCCCUUGUAAGAUAUCAUUCGACUUCAUCGAAGUCGUCGACAAUAUCAUCUUCGCCAUCGUCAGAAUCAACUACAGUAAGGCGUUCGUCUUCACGAUGAAAACAUUUUUGUUUUUGUUUUUUUUAACUGAAAACGCGAAAACGAUUGCUUCAGUUUCCGUCCCUUUGAAAAUAUUCUAAUUAUGUUAAAUAUUGCACAGAAAACAAGUUUUACAAUCUAUUCAACAGCUAAAUAUUGGUAAAAUAGUUUAGCGUGUUGAGUUCAGGAUGAAACCACCAUAGCAAUAUAAAGCAACACAUUUAUAGGGGCGGAAACUAUCAACAUUACAUAUCAAACUAGCAAUACAUCAACCACGUUUAGUGUUCAAAUGCUUAAAGCUACAGCAAAAACAUUUUAACGUAAAAUCAUUAAUCAAUGCAUUCCGCGGUCAACAGUUACCCUUUCCGUGAAACCAUGACAUUUAAGGAUGUAUUCUUCUGACGUUUUAGUCUCGUUGAAAUCUCGUUCCGGGAUUUUUUCCAAAACAUGUGAUACAAGUGGAAAAUAUCAAUGUACUUAAAAAAGAUUUUAAUUAAACUUAACUCUGGGAAAAAAUUGUGCAUUUAAAAUAAGUAGUUUUUGAGUAAUAAAAUUUGAAAAUUUUAUUACCAAUCAAGUCAGUCUCAUUAGCCAAAAUUUGAGAAAAUGGGUGAGGGGUACAAGAAAUGAUUUUACCAAACACAUGUACAUCCCAUAUCAAUUUUUCCUAUCAAAUUUCUUAGAUAUGUAUUUUUUCAAUCAUUUAUAACAAAGAAGUUGAAAUUAUAUGCUUUUUGUUCUAAAAAUAGAGAAACAACCCAAAUUUACAAAAUUGUUAGCAUGGUAAAUUUGACUCGAAAAAGCAACCAAAUUUUAUAAAACUUUCUUAUAUUAACACCUACCUACAGUCUUUUUUAAGUUAAAUUUAUUCAGAUUGGUCUACUUCAUCUUUAUUGAAAGUAUGAAAAAAAGUUUAAUUGUGAAACUGUUAACUUUUUCAUGAUAAUAGCCCCAAAAUGGGUAAAAAUUUAUGAAAAAUGGGAAAAUCAUCAGAAUUGGGUACUUUCAAAUGGCCGAAGCAAGAAAAGAAGUGCACCACCAUAUGAGUUUUUCUUCACCAAUUAUUCUUUUUCAGUCAAAUAAACCAAAAAAUCAGGUUUAGAAAAAAAGUUUAAUUCUAGAAAUUUUUGGAUCCUCAGAGGUGUACAUCCCUAAUCGUUCUUUUUCCGUAGCUACUUAUAUCAUUCCGAUAUUGCACUUUUUAUCGAAUUGCAUCUUUGUACUUUUCAUUCAAGUAAGUUUAGUAGUCUCUGUAAUCUUCAAUAUAAAUUUACAAAUGUAGGCUCACUUCUUCUGAGUAUUUCAGGAUUCAUUACAUGAAUAAAAUAUGACUUCCACAACUAUCACUGUACAACCUUUACAUGGGAUUAUUGUUAAUAGAAAUAAGCUUUAAGUAAAAAACCACACAUGCACUUCUGAUAUAAAAUCUAAAAAUAUAUCCCUUUAUGGAUAUCCGUUUCGUAGUAGACAAUCAUAAAUCACUUAAUGAGAUAUACAGUCAACAUCUACAUGAUUUCUUCUUUUUCCUUGUAGUUUGUUUUUUUCAAUAGUUUAUACAUGUACCCUUACCAAUGAACAUUGUAGCACAAACGCCUACAUUUGGGUUCUAUACAAUUCUGUAGCUCUAUACACGCCUUUGCAUUUGCGAAUACUUAAAAAAAAGCAAUUAGAUCUGUCAUAAGUUGUAGAAUGUCAAAUUGUUCAUCUUUCAUUAAGUGAGAUUGUGAACUUUUAGGGAUAUUUUCAAACGAAGUUUUAAUCAUUACGACGACAAUCUGAUAUUAACAGGUGUAUAUAGUUUACGAGUACCAAUGAUUUUAUAAAAUUGUAACAUUCUGUUUUAUCUAUUGUAAAAUGCCAAGUGUAGUGAAUGUACUACUUUAUAUAUAUCAUAUAUUGCACAUAAAAUGUUAAACAUUUUGGAACUAAUUAACUUGUUGCCAUUAAUGUUGAAAAUUAGAACAAGAACAGACAAAAUGCAAAAAGUAGUAUUUCUUGUAUUCAUUUAUUAUUUUAUGGGGUUACAAAGCUCAUAUGAUUUUUUGUUAUCUUUUUUACUGACAUUUAUUAUGUACUAUGAGUGCUUCAUAUUCAGUGUUUUAUUGUAAAUAUAGAUGUUAACUAUAUAUACAUGUAAUUGUUUGAUGUUGAUUAAUAAAUAAGUUUAAAACAAAGA